UUGGUUUGGGAAAGGAGCACGUUGUCCCGAGGAAGAGUGAUUGGUGUCAAAAUGAACAUCAGAUACGCAAAGCCUGAAGACCUGAUGAACAUGCAACACUGUAACUUGCUAUGUUUACCAGAAAACUAUCAAAUGAAAUAUUAUUUCUAUCAUGGACUUUCCUGGCCACAGCUAUCUUAUGUCGCAGAAGAUGAUGAUGGGAAAAUUGUUGGAUAUGUUUUAGCAAAAAUGGAAGAAGACCCCGAAGAUUCAGUUCCACAUGGUCACAUCACAUCGCUGGCAGUGAAGCGAUCACACAGAAGGCUUGGUCUAGCACAGAAGUUAAUGGAUCAGGCCUCAAGAGCAAUGGUGGAAUGUUUUAAUGCCCAAUAUGUAUCUCUACAUGUGAGAAAAAGUAAUAGAGCAGCACUACAUCUCUACACAGAAACACUCAAAUUUUCGAUAAGUGAAAUUGAGCCCAAGUAUUAUGCAGAUGGGGAAGAUGCGUAUGCCAUGAGAAGAGACUUGUCAGAAAUCCUGGAUAUUCAUGGUCAAAAGGCAGAAGUAGCGACGACGUCAUCAGGCUGAGCAGUGAUGGGUGAUAUCAAAGUUACGUGCUACCAUUCUUUAUUACCUUUGUAACAUAUACAUUUAUAUACAUGUAUUAUUAAAAUUCACUUGAAUGUAUUUGGUUGACU